AUGGCUUCUGCCGGAAGAAGACAUGUUCUUUUGACUGGAUCUCCAGGUAAGUAUCUUUGUUUUCUUGUUUAAAAAAAUGUACGUGGCUUAACUGCUAACUCCUGAAAAAAAGAUUCAGAAAAAUUUGUAAAAAAUUGUUGUUUACAAUAUAAAUUAUAAUUAUAGUAUAUUGACCUCUAUUCCCGGCCUUUAAGACGAAUUGAUUCAAGAUUGCUAACAGCUCUUCUGGCUGUUGCAUGGGCAUUUAGCAGGAUUUAACCAGCAAAAGACAAAAAAGAAGAUAUCCUGUUGAUUGAGAAAAUAUCUUGUUGAUGAUUCGAAAAAAGACUAGCAAACCGUCUGUCCCGGAUGCCAUUUUGAUAGAUGGUGGACAAAAACACUGACCCCCAGUCCACGGACUACCCAUGUGGACUACCCUAAAUUGAACUUCGCCGCUGACGUUAAGUGGUUAGGGUAACGAAACUGAGUGAACAGGGCCAUUAUACUGGGAAAACUAACCAGAAACUUGUUUCACUCAGUGUCUUAACCGUAAGUGAGUGAAGACUUCCAAUAGGCAAAUUGGUAUGAGGUUCCAGAGUUCCAGUUAAGCACACUCCCACUCAAAAUAAAAUCAUUAAGUUUUAAAACUACUAGGUUAUCCGUUCAAGGCUCUGGCCUCCCCAGAGGAUGCUUAAACAAAUGUGAGAUUGAAGAAAAUUAAGCUUUACAGUGAAACUAUAAUAUUAGCUAAAACAAGUUUGUCUAAAAAUAGUGAAUACCUUUUUUACCAAUGUCUGCAUAAUUUCUUGCCUGGAUUUUAGACAGGGUAUAUACUUAAGCUAAAGUGUAUAGGGGCAGGAAAGUGCAACUGUGAGCUUUAAGACCAUGUCCUUUUAAAAAAGUCAAAAAGCCCAGAACAUGAAGAAAGUCUUCUGGUUUAACUAUAUUAUAUGUAAAUUAAUAUUUGCAUGUAGUUUAAUUUCCAUCUGUUGCAGAAUUUGUUUAGUAACAUGUUUCUCCAGGAACUAACAGGUCCAUUGUAGCUGUUAGUUCUUCAGGAUCUUGUGGAUGAAGUGUUUGAAGAAUUCUUCAAACAGCCACGCUCACUACCGGAAUUUCUGGCAAUUGACAGUUGUCACCUGCUUUUAUCCAUACAGCAAUCUUCUAAUAUAUUCGGACAAGGUUCAAAUAGCCAUAAUGGCAAUCAACAAACAAUUCAUUGGGCACGUUGUUGUAGGCCCUUUGUCUAUUUUGCAUAGCUACCAUGCUGGCGUUAUCUGUACUCCACUUGACUUUAUUUACCCUGGUAUCAAGUGUUCAAGGAGCUGUUGCUAGAGUGCCACUUCAUCUCCUGGCCAACUUCUGCCUAGAAACAAUUUCCAUCGUACAAUUUAGCAGCUGCCUCUUCAUCAAUUUCCUGGCAGAGACAAGUGUUAGACACUUGAUAGUGCCUGCAAAGACAGGUCACGUAUACUGAUUUCAGACUACCUGCUAUCACUAGAACUGUAUCUUCAGUAGUCUCUUCUUCCAUACACAUGACGUACGUUUCUGUCUUCCGUUGUUUGGAUGUUGGCUCACUGUAAUCCCUGUCUUCAUUGAUGAAUGUAACACCCUGCAGUGACACGAGUUUCCAUAACAAUGAUUCUAGAUGCCAGGGCCGAGGUAAACAGUGGGGUUUCAAUUGCGACCGGAAAUACGUCUGCAGUUCGCAGGCUAAUGCAAUUGUGGUGAAUGAAAACUUCACAGCACUCCCUUUUAUAAGCACGCCGUUCAACAAGACUUGGAAUAAAUGGUUUCGUAAUGUAAUGUAAUGUCGUGGAUUAGAGGACAACAAGACACGCCCUAUAAUAUUUACGUUAUAUGUUAACAUUCUGACAGUAAGCUCGGACGUCAGCAUUCAAGGGCUCCGGUAGCAGCCGCUGUCAGUGCAUUCAUGAGCUUACUGUAACCCACCCAUAGCCCAUGAUACGAAUGAUGCGUGAAUGGUAGACCACACCACCCGGGAGUCUUCCCCUACUUUUUUAGAACAGGAGUGUGGGUUCUUUUAUGUCCCCUACAAUUUGGCUAAUGAAAGAAGGAUGGAGGAGACAAAGCCAAUGGCUUAAAAUCACCGCCCAAUGACGCUCGGCAGACUGGUACUCUCCCAACUAAGAUAACCGGGCGGCAGUUCCAGGCUUUUUAUUCUUACUAGCGUUCACAAGACUGUUAACUGCUGACUGAAUUUUUUAUGCCUUAGCACUUGCUGACGUGAUAGUUUUCUCCAGUUUGUUUCGAUCUCAUUGGGUCGCCAGUGACGACAAUCCACCCUUCCGUUUUACACCAUUGCUCAUUCAGCUGGAAGCCUUAGCUAAGACGCUAAUUCGCUCUUUUGUAUCGGCACAGUGCAAGUUAUCUUCUUAUCGGCAUAUUUCUGCUCAAUGCGCAUUUCAGAGCGCGUAAAUCACAGGGUGACUAACAUUUACCGAAAAAAGAACAUCCCAGCACUUUUUUCAUAGAGAUUCAUACAACCUCAGACGAUAUCUCUCCCACAACAAAACGAAGCGUACAAGCACGAGGACUGACGAGUGCCCCCGCUUCCAAAACCAUAUUAGGGACCUUAAGAUCCGAGUACGGCGACGGCAGCGAAAACGUCGCUGAAAAAGUGAAUUCGCGUUUUUUCAAUCUUCAUCGCGAUUACUCAGGUCACUAACUUUGUCAAAUGUAGGUGAACCCUCCUAAAGUUGAAUUCCUAAGAAUCAUAUCCAAGUUUAGAAAGAGAGAGAAAAUUUAGUCGUUGCUUGUGUCCUUACUCUGUAAAACGUGAAAUUAGGCAUUUCCACGUCGUCGUUGUGCAGUGACGGCAAAGAAAUGUAAAAAAGCGUGAUGCACGUGCAAAAUUGUUGUUUUGGUUAUUAAACCUAUUGCUUUUUUGACAUCCUGGUUGCCGUCGCCGUCGUCGGAUCUUAAGGUCCCUAUUGUGUUUUAGCGUGGGACCNGUAAGCUCGGACGUCAGCAUUCGAGGGCUCCGGUAGCAGCCGCUGUCAGUGCAUUCAUGAGCUUACUGUAACCCACCCAUAGCCCAUGAUACGAAUGAUGCGUGAAUGGUAGACCACACCACCCGGGAGUCUUCCCCUACUUUUUUAGAACAGGAGUGUGGGUUCUUUUAUGUCCCCUACAAUUUGGCUAAUGAAAGAAGGAUGGAGGAGACAAAGCCAAUGGCUUAAAAUCACCGCCCAAUGACGCUCGGCAGACUGGUACUCUCCCAACUAAGAUAACCGGGCGGCAGUUCCAGGCUUUUUAUUCUUACUAGCGUUCACAAGACUGUUAACUGCUGACUGAAUUUUUUAUGCCUUAGCACUUGCUGACGUGAUAGUUUUCUCCAGUUUGUUUCGAUCUCAUUGGGUCGCCAGUGACGACAAUCCACCCUUCCGUUUUACACCAUUGCUCAUUCAGCUGGAAGCCUUAGCUAAGACGCUAAUUCGCUCUUUUGUAUCGGCACAGUGCAAGUUAUCUUCUUAUCGGCAUAUUUCUGCUCAAUGCGCAUUUCAGAGCGCGUAAAUCACAGGGUGACUAACAUUUACCGAAAAAAGAACAUCCCAGCACUUUUUUCAUAGAGAUUCAUACAACCUCAGACAAUAUCUCUCCCACAACAAAACGAAGCGUACAAGCACGAGGACUGACGAGUGCCCCCGCUUCCAAAACCAUAUUAGGGACCUUAAGAUCCGAGUACGGCGACGGCAGCGAAAACGUCGCUGAAAAAGUGAAUUCGCGUUUUUUCAAUCUUCAUCGCGAUUACUCAGGUCACUAACUUUGUCAAAUGUAGGUGAACCCUCCUAAAGUUGAAUUCCUAAGAAUCAUAUCCAAGUUUAGAAAGAGAGAGGAAAUUUCGUCGUUGCUUGUGUCCUUACUCUGUAAAACGUGAAAUUAGGCAUUUCCACGUCGUCGUUGUGCAGUAACGGCAAAGAAAUGUAAAAAAGCGUGAUGCACGUGCAAAAUUGUUGUUUUGGUUAUUAAACCUAUUGCUUUUUUGACAUCCUGGUUGCCGUCGCCGUCGUCGGAUCUUAAGGUCCCUAUUGUGUUUUAGCGUGGGACCAGGCUCCGCAUUGGGGAUAAAAGAAGAAGAAAAAUCGGCGAGCCCUUUUCCCCUCCUUAGUCCACCGCUGGGCUCGCUUCCCUCGCAGAUUUUUUUUGCUGUUUCAUCCCAUUUAUUGCCUUUUUUCCCCACUCAGAAAGCGGAGCCUGGUCCCAGGCUGAGAAACGGCCGUGUAUCAGAUCACGUCUCUGUAAGCAACAAUUUAUCGGUAUCGUUAAACGUUUCGUUUACGAUCGUAUAAGAGAAGACCUUUUAGAAUAACGAAAAUUCCUCCGUUGAGAAACGCGUGUCUGCAUUUCAAAAACAAAGACUAUAAAGUCAUCGAAAUAAAGAUCGUAAAAGAGCAGACUUUCAGUUUGGGGGAAGGGGGCUGACAAUCCCGAGGAAACGGCGACGGAAAAAACGGACGAUGGCCUGUUCACAAGACAGAAAGCGACCCUGUUAAUCUACGCCUCUUUGAAGCAUUUUGCAUGAAAAGUACCCGGAAAGUACAAAGUGGCCCUCAGUUCCCGUGAGGAAUUCUGCAAAUUCGAAGACCUUUUGUUGAAUUCUCUAUUUAAUAGUGUAUUUCGAGAGACUCUGUUCCAUGACACCCGCUCAUUGUAAGAUUGUUUAUCUAUACCUUACUUUAUUCGUAUUCGUAUUUUAUAUUUUCCAUACAUUUUACAUACUUUGGCCAAUUCCUACACUUUUCACACAUUUAACUUUCCAUAAGUCUAAAAAAUUGCAUGUUACUAUUGACAAGAAGAAUUCUCUUGCGGUGUAUGAUGAUAAUCUAUUACUUUUUCUAAUUUCUAUCUACUAGGAGUGGGCAAGACUACCUUGUGCAGAAAAGUUUAUGAAGUCCUCAAAGACAAGGGAGUUUAUGUGCAAGGGUUCUACACAGAAGAGGUUCGUAGCUCUACCAAGGGGAGUAGAGUGGGGUUUGAUAUUGUUACUCUAGAUGGACAACGUGGACAAUUGGCAAGAAUAAAGGGGUAAGAAUUAUAGUUUUAUAUUAGAAACGAAGCGUAGUGUUCCCUUUAUCCAUACUAUUAGUUGAUGACCCGGAGUGGAUGUUCUUUCAAGGCUGCUCGCACAGGCCGUAACAUCAUAAGGCAAAAAUAAGUUCACAGUUUUAAAUUUUGGCGCCACUUUGCCUCCAAAUUCGAAUUCAACAUGAAGGAUGAACGGAGCACUCUACAACAAGAGUCGACUGAGUUGUUGGUGCACGUGCUCAGUUGUGUUUGUAGCUGCGUUUCGCGUAGUCCUGGUUUACACGUGCAAUGCAUCGUGUCAGUCGGAAUUACUCAACGAGGAGCGAAAAUGUACAACUUACUUGUUGCGUCGCACUGAUGCCGGUGUCAUUGAUGUGAGCUUAAAACCAUGAGUCCACAGUCGGAUGACGACUGUUACGAUAACAAAUAGAUUCCGGCAUUUCGCGUAUCGGUUCAUUCAUAGAUCACAGAUGAAAUCAAAAUGUUGUUAAAAGAAAAACAAAAUUUUCCAAUGCAUAAGUGACCGAAUUUCAAACGUUUUCGGUAUGGAACUCAGGGAUCAUAUGCUGGUCAAAUGUUUCUUUUUGACGAUAGUUCAACAUAGUUAGUGAAGAGGCGAGACCUCAUUGACUUUGACAUGCACGAGAAACACAUUUUGGGGCGUUAAAAACAGAGGCCGUUCGACGUUUUAAGCCCCGUUAUUAUUACAGGGUCUUAUGAUUUCUAUUUGUAGUGUUGGUCAGACUGCUAGAGGGAAAUCAUCCCCUUCUGUGGGAAAUUACUUGGUGGAUGUCAAAUCCUUUGAGCAGCUCGCACUUCCGACUAUAAGUCUCAACUCUGAUACAAUUAAGGUAAGCAGAGUAUUGCAAUAAAAAGGGCUCUAAUUACCUUUUUCGGUAAUAGUUGAUUGAGAGUCGUCCUAAGGGGAUACUCUACACCUAAACCGGCAGUUUUUANUGGUCAGACUGCUAGAGGGAAAUCAUCCCCUUCUGUGGGAAAUUACUUGGUGGAUGUCAAAUCCUUUGAGCAGCUCGCACUUCCGACUAUAAGUCUCAACUCUGAUACAAUUAAGGUAAGCAGAGUAUUGCAAUAAAAAGGGCUCUAAUUACCUUUUUCGGUAAUAGUUGAUUGAGAGUCGUCCUAAGGGGAUACUCUACACCUAAACCGGCAGUUUUUACAAAUUUCCAUUUCUGUCAGCGUUGACUUUCAACCCACAAGGGGGAAACUGACUCUAAAAAUUCUUUUAAAUACUCGAUCAUUCAUCAACUCCUUCAGCCUGAUUGCAUACCUAAAUUCUUGGUUUACAGGGGACCUUAAACAUGGUGGUUAUAGUUGAUGAAGUUGGUAAAAUGGAGCUGUUUAGUCAGGACUUUGUUAACUCCGUUCGUGAGCUGUUUUCGUCGUCUCAAGCCACAAUCUUAGCUACUGUACCUAUUUCUAAGCAAAGGCCCAUCUUAUUUGUUGAUGAGCUAAAAAGAAGACCUGACAUUGAGCUCGUUGAAGUGAGUAUAACAUAAUGAGGUAAAUGGAAUAGUUGACAUCCAUCUUUAUUUUUAAGACCUUUCACAACUUACAGCUCAUCCUCAGUGUAAGAAUCUUUGUCUGAGAAAACAGCCGACAUUUCACGACGCCGCCACUGGUUUCCCUGUGAAAUGACGUCUGAGAAACGAGCGCAAAAUUUCCAUACUGAUGACGCGUCGCUACCUAGAUCUGGGAAGUGCUUCUGAUUGGUUGAAGCAAUUUUCCCACGCGGCACGACCAAUCAGAAGCACCACCCAGUUCUGGGUAGUGACACGUCAUCAGUAUGGAAUUUCUGCGCUCGUUUCAAUUCUCAGACGUCAUUUCACGGGGAAACCAGUGAUGGCGUUGAGAAAUGUCGGUUGUUUUCUCAGUUAAAGAACCUGAGAGUGUCGUAAAAUAAAGGAAACAAAGAAGUCAACACAAUAGGACCUAGAAAAACAAAAGGUGCAAAGCAAAGAAAAAGUUCAGAUUCUUACACCGAGGUAAACCUCAACAAAUGUAGAGUCGCAUACGAGUCGAGACUGAUCCCCCAUGACUGUAAGGUAUUUCGGUUUCUGUAGCACAAGGUACCAAAGAGCAUUGACGCCGGGCCCUCUCUGAGCGCUUUCCGCAGGAUUAUCCCUAGGAGGUUGUCGUUGGUACCCUCCUACAACUGGGUGAAGAGACAAAGUGAAAAAAAAGAUUCUUGUUUAAAAACGUGAACACGAUGACAAAGCUUGAGCAAGAGAUAUGAUCUCGUUUCUUAAAAUUUGUGGGAAGCUCAAAUGGGGGCAAACUUUGCAUGGCCAUUUUUUUUUUUUUUUUCGGCCUCGUUCUUAUGAAGAAAAAGAAUGGCAAACUUUCGGGUCAUUUGAGCUUCCCGCCAACUUUUAUAUGUGUUAGGACUACAUGCUGUCCAAUUUGGUUAUAACUGGAUGAAAAAAAUUCCGAGGAAGUCCAGUCAAUUUGGCUGUCAGAGAAAUUUUUGGAAUCCAGUAUUUCCAAAUUUGACAAGCAUAUAGUCCUCUAAUAAUUUAUAUAUAGCUGGUUAGUUCAUCCAGAAUUGUUACCGUGACACAGAAAUAAUAUUGCACUAACCGUUUGUAGUUAAAACAAAAACACAAUAAGAUUUUUUUAAAAAUGCUUAUUCUAAUAGUGUGCCAACCUAUCAUUGACAAGGCACAAACCUAGUUCUAGUCUUGCUCUUGCAUACUUUGGCAUUUUGUAUACAAGUAAUAUUUAACAAUUAUUCCACGAGGGCGCGUUGGAUAUGAGAUGAUAGAUAGCCAACGAGGCGCGUAGCGCCGAGUUGGCUAUAAUCAUCUCAUAUCCAACAAGCGCGAGUGGAAUAAUUGUUUUAUUAAAAACGCCCACAAAAUCUUGUUGAAUCUCCCCGACUAGAACAAACCGGAAAAGACAAGGGACUUCCGCUAUUCACAUGUGACACGUCUAUCAAAACUGUCAACGCGCGAACGGACUCGCCUGGACUGCAUGAAUGAAAAAUCAAAAAAUUGCAGCGGUGAACAUUAGUUUUUUAAAAACUCAUCGGGAUUCUAGGAUUUUACACAGCAGAACAGCUAAAAAAAACCUGGCAGAUAAUGNAUGAUAGAUAGCCAACGAGGCGCGUAGCGCCGAGUUGGCUAUAAUCAUCUCAUAUCCAACAAGCGCGAGUGGAAUAAUUGUUUUAUUAAAAACGCCCACAAAAUCUUGUUGAAUCUCCCCGACUAGAACAAACCGGAAAAGACAAGGGACUUCCGCUAUUCACAUGUGACACGUCUAUCAAAACUGUCAACGCGCGAACGGACUCGCCUGGACUGCAUGAAUGAAAAAUCAAAAAAUUGCAGCGGUGAACAUUAGUUUUUUAAAAACUCAUCGGGAUUCUAGGAUUUUACACAGCAGAACAGCUAAAAAAAACCUGGCAGAUAAUGUGAAGGAAAAGAAUUUUUAAGUGACAGCCGUCGAAAUUACAGUGAAUUUGGAUUUUCGGUGCAGUUAAAAAAGUAAGAACAACGGAGAAAAACUAUUACCUCGGUCGCUUGUUAUGAAGUUGUUUGAAGCCACAAGCUGGUUUUACUGAACAAGAAAAGAAGCUAUACUGCCGCCUCGAUUGCUCUAGUGAAUCGCUGCAUAGCCUGUAUUUGUAGCUGGUUACUUGUGAUUUAUAUUCUUGAUGUCGGAUAAACAAGCCGCAGUUAUCUAUUGGCGAGUGACUUGAUCGGCGAAUGGCUUCACGAUCAUGAAGAAACAACACUGGUCUUCUUUCGUAGCUGGUCAAGGUACUUUAGUUCCAUGUGUUUUUAUGUGUUUUUCGACAAACUUUCAAAAAAGCUCUUGUGGCUUUUUUGUUUGUUUUUGUCUUUUUUCUUUCAAUGAAAUUGCAUUUCUAGUAUUCUAAGAAAUGAAUUAAAACAAUUUGUUUCGGGCGCCGUUAUAUCCUUCGCGAAAAAAAAUCUCCGCUAGCUUCCAAUUUUAAACUGACGCGUACACCGACCAUAUAUGGAGAGCAUGGUAUAAAAGCUCAUAUACCAUAACGGCUAAGCCAAUCAAAAUGCUAGAAUUGCGUUAUCCAAUGAUUCAGUUUUUAAUAAAUAGAUUUAGCCAGGGCUAAAAGCGAAACUCUCGUUAAUAUACGUAUAAACAAAAAAAAAUCGUGUUAUGAUAAACGGCGACGGAAAUGAGAACGACAAAAAACUCAAAAUCUAAAUCUAAAUAGCCAAAAAACUAAUUUACACGCGCAGCACACUUUUUCUCUGCCGUUGUUUUGUACGACUACAAUGCCGUUUUCCACGACUAAAACGUGAAACUUCCUAGUUAUGGAGGAAUUGUCGUAUGUGCUCACCAAAAAUUUUGUUGCUUGUUUCCUGUUCGCUGUUAUUUUUUUCACUUCCGCUCAUUUUCACCUUGCUGGCCGCUAGAAUUUCUCAUUUUCUCACCGCCGCUAUGAAAUUUUCACGUUUUUCUUUCUACGAAAUUCGUCUCCUUUGUUUUUAAUUACUCACUCUUUCUCUGUCACCCACGUGAGUGUAGACAUCAAAAAUAAGGUCGGAAAAGACUCGACUUUGUUGUUGUUUUUUCUCUCGAAAAGUCUGGGUGGCCAUGCGGUUGUUGAUUGAGUUAUUUUACAUCGGUAUGCCUGUGGUGCGGACGGACGGGUGGGCGGACGUAUGCAUGGUCACUUGACUACGAAAAUUUCUCGGAUGCUUAGGUAACCACAUUUUCUUGCCCUUGCUGCUCCGCUUCAUGCACUUCGCGCGCGAGAGAGCUCCGCUAUAACAAGCUGUUCUAUAAAAAGAGCUUUCAAUGAUACGGUUUUGCAAGUGAAAACCUGCACUUCGCGUUCAUAACAACAACAAAUAAAACAAUGCAAAUUAAACACGAUAACUAUUAAAAAAAUAAGCAUUUCAUAUAUCACCUUCUUACGAUUUCCGCCAUUUUUCAUCACAAUCUAAAAACUUAAAACGUUUGUGUUCUAAGCUGUCUCAGGGUUCAUACACAGUCUUGAAUUCUUGAAAGAGUCUUGAAAUUUGCCCAGCAAUUUUCCAGACCUGAAAAAAGUCUGGAAAAUGGUAAAAGGUCUUGAGUUUUGUUCAAAUCUUAUUCUCGCCCGUACGUUUUGCAACGCACCGUGAAGCAAGCUUUGUUCUUGCGUUUUUUUAGGUCUAUACUGAUCACCUAUUUGAUAACCUCGAGUCUGGAAAAAGUCUUGAAUUUUGUCCUAAAAUCUGUACGAACGUUCCCUGUGCCUGAAUAUGUUCAAAACCCGAAUGCCCGUGGAACAACCCGCAAGGAUAUUGAAAGAUACACUUGAUAAUAGCUCCCUUUCUUCGAUUUGUGCCUGUUCUUUGUUAUGAUCCAAAAUUGCGGCUCAGGAUGACUAUUUGUUUCGUUGGGAUCUCAGAUGGUCUUCCACUAGGCAUAAAGGGAUUUACACUAAUUAAAAAAGAGAGGGACAGAGUCAAUCGGUUGGGCUCCUCAUACAGUGGUAGCAAUAAAGAGAACGUAUAUACUUGCAGUCAAAUCGCCAUCACAUGUCAUUAUCGGGUAAUAACGUUCGUAAACGAUAUCUUUAAUUUGCUUGCAGGUAACAAGAGGUACACGAGAUGAGUUAGUCGGUAAGGUAGUAAGCAUGAUUGAAGACUCCAGAAUGAAAACGUGA